AUGAAUGAAAUCCAUCCGCCUGUGCCCUCAUCAAAAAUGCCUUCAGCUCGCUCACGCCUGCCAUUUAGUGAAGCUCCAUCAAUUAGUAUGAUUAAAUUAGAACGUGGUCUCGUCCAGCGGUCUCUACUUUAUUGUCUUGAACGAGGCUAUUUUUCAUUAAUUCGUUAUCUACUUGAAUCAGGCACAGGUAAUGCACAUGAACGCGAUAGCGAAGGGCGCACUGGCCUAAUCUAUUGCUGUUUCAUUGAUAAUGAUUGUUGGGCACAAAAUAUAGCAAUGACAUUACUUGAAUACGGAGCUAAAAUUGAAGAUCACGAUCAACGUGGUUUGAAUGCAUUACAUUAUGCCAUCAUAACUCAACGAUCGAUUCUCGUACGACGAUAUAUUGAUUCACUUGAUUUCGAUCUUAGCCGUUCAACAGAUAUUCAUGGUAAUACGUGUUUACAUUAUGCAUGUUCAACUGGCAAUAUCGAAAUUCUUCGAUAUAUUCUUAAUGCAAUGAAACGUUAUUCAGCAAAUUUAACAAUUAAAAACCGUUCUGGUUUAACAGCAUAUGAUGUUGCAUGCCAGCUAAAUUUGCACCGUUGUCAAAAUUUAUUACGAAAUGAAAUAACAUUACAUGAUCGUGAUAAACCAUUGAAAGUACCUAUUGAACCUAUAGUUGAAAGACGUUUUUCAAAUCCAACUGCGAUACGUUCAGUUACAUCAUCGUCCUAUUACGGUGGGUCGAUUGCGUCCGUACCAUAUUAUUUAUCAAGUACAUCGAGUCUACGUAAGCGUCGUCAAAGUACACUAAGUUUUCAUAAUGAAAAUAGUCUUUCUUCACCAGUCAAAUUUAUUGAUCCAAUUGAAUCAAGAAUAAUAGCUUUUAAACGGAAAGAAUGUCUUGAUGCAUCACUUGCUAAUCAAGCUAAAAAUCGUAUUGAUUUUGCUUCAUCACCGACGCCAUUGACAAGUCAAAGUGCAGUUUUCAGUUCAUCAUCAAUAUCAACAUGGCGCGAAGACGUUUCAAAAAUGUUUGAUCAAUUACAAUCAUCAAGAUCUCCAUCCUAUAGAAGAAGUGUUCAUCCACCACUAAGUAAUGAAUUAUCGUGUGAAUUAUUUGAACGUCUAUAUGGUAUGGGCGGUGCUGAUGGCCAUGAUUGUAGUAAUCAUCGUCCACUCUCAACACGUACAACAGGAUCAUCACAAAAAGUAAUUCAUCGACGACGAAGUAGUGCAGCUAGUGAGAAAUCAAUUCAUAAAAUUAAAAAUUAA